ACGACCGCGCUUUGAAGCUGGCGGACGCCAUCAUCACCAGCUUCUUCAUCAACCGAUUCCCGGCGGAGUGCUUGUUACCGGAAAGCUUCGUUCGCGUAGCGGUGGCUAAACCAAACCGAACGGGAACUGGUUUCUUUCUCUGUCGGCUCCUGCUUUUUUGUUUGUGCGUGAAGAAACGGUCGUUUUACCGGUUGAUGGAAAGGAACGAAACAGUGUGCCAAAUUGGCGUUCGAAGAUGAAAAUUUCGGUAGCAAUGUUUGCAGUAAAUGGCGCAAUACCACCGCAAACGGGUGCUUUAAGCUUUUCCGUUUGGGGGGUUCCCUCAGUUUGGUCAAUAUAAAAGGCCCCGUAACCGAGCCGGCCAUGUAACGGGGAGCAUACUUGAGCGGUGCAAAACUUCCCCCGUGAUUGAGGAAAAUAGAUCGGCAUAAAUACACCUUACCGACCUUACGACGUAGCGACUUGGGAGUAGGGCAUGCGGCUCGUUCAAUUUUCCAUAAUUAUGAAUGUUACGUUUGAUGAGCGUUUUCGUUAGGGCUUACGUGUGACGCAAGGAUACGGAGUGCGUGAACCAAUCGUGGAAGUGAUUUUAUUUUUAUAACGGCGCUCCCCCUUCAACCGAGGUCAGCAGAGCAUAAAUCGAACGUUCGUGAUGAAUAAAACACCAGGCGGAAGAAAAAAUCAGUCCAGAGUGUUGUUGAAAAAAAACGAGUGUCCAUUUCAGAGUCAGCAAAAUGACACUUUCGAAUGGCCACAGAGUCAGCGCUGAGAAACAGAGCUGUUGUGCCGAUCUAGCAGAAGCUUCUCAACCGUUCGCGACUCUCUUGCGGUAAGGGAAACACACUUACCGCCGUGGUAACACCCGUUACAUGGAACUGCUGUGUGAAUCUCGUGAAGAGACGAGCGAGACGAACAACGCCGUUCAAAUUCCUUUAAAAAACGCAGCCAUUCCACGCCGUACGUCCAAUACACAUGACGGUGAAACGGAACGAUCAUAAAGCAGUUGAUUGCAAUAGAUGCAUUUAGAGGUUGAAGUUUGGUAGGAAGUUCAUUCAACGCUUGGCACUGGUUUCCGAUCGUUUGCAUCAAGACAUUACACAUCGCGAUUGUCCCAAGUUCGCCAGCACUUGAAGCUUCGUCGGAGUUGCUGGUAUUGUUGGUGUUAGUAUGUGAGAAACCCUAAACCUAAAGCGCCUCUUCAAAGCGCACCACUGUUCGGUACAUUCGGCUGUGUUUGCUGUGUAAGGCUGGCCUUGCAAUUCCCUGAUUGCACCACCCACCUUUACCAACGUUACGCCAAGAGGAAAAACAGAACAGGGCGCGAAACACGAAUUGGACAUGAUGUUGGCGAUGCUUUUACAAGCUCCGCACAAUUAUUUCAUCGUUGUGCGGUGGUGCUGUAACAGCUCCAGAUCUCCCUUUCGUUAAGGGGAGCUAUCGAUUUGUUUGAUCAUUUACAGCACACACACACAAGGGAUGGUUUGGCGCCAAUUGCUGGCAAGUAGUGUGGUGAAGUGUGACUGGUGGUGCGUUGUGACUUGUGGUCUCUGUGAUCUGUGAUCCUCUCAGCAGGAGGACAACUGUACGUUGAAUGGGUGAGUCCGGCGAUAAAGCGGACCCAUCGUCGGAAGGCAAGCAGCACCAGCAGAAAGAUCUUACAGGAGGCAAGAUGCGGGUGGGCGAGGAUGAUCUGCCGAGCCUCGAGUACAUCGAGGACCCGUACAUUCCGAAGCUCGAUCCGAACUGCUUUACGCCCUCGCUCGACGAGGUGUACGACAUCGACGAAGACGACGGUCUGAUCGGUCACGAGGAGCAGCACUGGUCGGACGAAACGGAACGCUAUCUACGCUCGCUAACGCUCGAUCAAAUACUCGGUGUGCCGUCCGAUGACGAGGAUAUCGAUCCAACGUCGGAAGUGGAGCUGCAAACGGUUGAGACGGAGUUUAAUCCACCCCUAUCCUCCGACGAGGGAGACACUGGCGAACAGGCAUCCAACCGUACCAGCCGAUCGCCCGGCAAAGAUCCCGGCGAGCGGCUCGGUGUGGGAAUUUGUUUCGAACCUGCCGGCAAUGCUGAUACCGCCACCAGCCGCCCAUCGCCGGGUGGCGGUGGAGGCGUAGUACGAAACAUUCUGGCCAGCCGGUUGCUGCUCGGCAGUGCCACCAAUCGACGCAUCCGGGCGCUGUUCAAUCGGCGCAAAAUUCGGGACGUGCGAGUCACGUUCAUCGAUUUCUCGAAGCCAUACCUGGCCCGUAUCUCGAGUGGUGAUAACUACAAAAGCUUCCUCAACAUUGGGAGUGCGACAGACAAUUCUGGAAAAUUAUCUGAUGCAUCUCCGGUGGGAUCGAUCAGCUCGGCCGAAAUAGCGAAUGAAUUUUCCGGCCUAUCCGCUGAGGAGCAAACAGCGCAGCGCGAAGAAUGGAGUCAGGAACUGGCACGUGUCGAAGAGGAGAUAACCACGCUGCGGACGGUGCUACAGUCAAAGAUGCGGCAUGCCAGCGAGCUGAAGCGUAAGCUGGGCAUUACCGUGUGGAAGGAAAUCACGGACGACGUUAGCCAAGGAUUUAAGAACGUUAAAGAAAGCAACGUUUAUCAAAGCGUCGAAACGAAGGUCGGGGAAAUAACGAACGUGGUCACAAGUGCACCGAUGAUAUCGAGAGGCUAUCAAAAGACGGAAAGUGCGAUCAAAACGACGGCCGGUAAGACGACAUCUGUGAUCGGAGGCAUUGCGGGCAAAAUGACACAAAAGCUGACGGAAAUGAAGCAGUCCGAUUCGUUCCGGUCGUUCGAAGAGCGGGUCGGAACGGCGUACGAGAAUGUUCGGUCGAAGGUUUCAUCGCGCUCCAGCUCGGUGCAGAGCUUGUCUGAUAUUCAGAAUGACGAACGUCGCAGUUCCGUGACCACGCCAACCGCCAUCCCAGAGGAGAAACCGAUCCCCUAAGCUCGUGACCGGCUGGCGGGAGCUAUGGACGUUUGGGGGUGUGUUGUGUGUUGUGCUUUUUGCAAACUAUCUACGGUUCGACAGGAUCGCCGUUCAGGAACACUCGAGUUUGUAUCUGGGAACGGAGCGUAUUGUCCGUCUCUUUCGUAUGGCUUCAUUGCGGUUAAACCUCUUCAAUUUGUGCUAACCCUUUAGUUUGCGUCUGUGUGUGUGUGUGUGGGAUGAUGCUCAACAUGCCUUCAAACCUUUAUUUAACGAACAUAAUGAAUCUAAACUACUGUCGGAAUGCUGCGCGAAGAUUAAGGCCGAAGUGUCGGAUACAGGAUGCAAGAAGCCUAUCAUACAAUUUUACUCUUAAGUUACAUUUGAGUCCAGCCCCGUUUAAGCUAACAAGCGGUAAGCACACAGCUGCAUCGCAUAGGAACGAUAAUCAGGAACGGUCCUUUCAUGUGGAGGAAGAACACAACGGACGGCGCCGCGUUAACAUACAACUAAUAAAACAUAGCAAAAAUCGCACUCUCCGUAAAGCAAAACUAGCAAAGUAAGUAAGUGUUAUUUGGCGGCUUCUAGUUACACUGAAUGUGGGGUGUGCUUUCGAUCGUGUCGGGCGGCAAACAGAAAAGGGAUCAUUGGCGCGCUUUACUUCUCGCCACCACCUUCCGUCAACCUCAUAUUCCGGUCCGAUAGACAGGUGCUAUUUCCUACCUAGAAAGAAUUAAUAUUCCUAGCCAGAAGACAGAGGUAGAGUGGCGCGUUCGCGCUAAAGUUUUGCUUUUCCUUUCGCUAUACGCAAAGAAAUGAUAUUCCUAUCGGACGGUAACGCUUAGCUAGGCAUUGUACAGCAACUUCUUGUGGCGAGAGACAGUACUAUGAUCGCGAACCGGGACACACACACACACACACACAUACACGAACUCUAAUGGUGCCUAAAUUCAUAGUCAUACCCACAUCCGAGUUAAGUUUUUUGCCGAGUUAAGUACCGCGAACGGGACGGGGGACAGGAGAGAUAAGCACAUUCAUAUAUUCUUGUACGUUGUAGCCACUCAUACACACACACAUACUUUUUACAAACCCCUGACCACGGCGUAAAUGAUUAGGAUGCAAAUUUAAUAUAUGUACGUUUGUAUGUCCCUCCCGCGGCUAGAAUAGCAUCAUACAUCAGCAAGAAAGGAUGGACGUGGACGAAAAGAUAAUUAUUUAUAAUGGUCCCUCCUCGUUCGUACUUAUGGAAUUUCAUGAAAAUUAUUGCGUAUAUACAAGUGGUCAAAAUAAAGAAAGAGAGUACACUUCUACUAUA